GAGGCAGUUUUUUUUGUUGUAGCCUCGUGCACUGACUGACAGACAACAGCGGCAGCCUCCUCUCUGUAGAUCUGUUUUCCUGGAAAAGCACCAGCAUGUCUUUGACAAACGGCAACAGUGUGAGCAAAGAAACAUGGGAGUCGCACAACAAGAUGAUGUUGGAGCCUCUGGCCAACAACGACUCUGAGGUGUUCUCCAUCAUCAAGAAAGAGAAGCACAGGCAGAAGUACGGUCUGGAGCUGAUAGCGUCCGAGAACUUUGCCAGCAGAGCUGUUCUUGAGGCUUUGGGUUCCUGUAUGAACAACAAGUACUCUGAAGGAUACCCUGGACAGAGGUACUAUGGUGGUACAGAGCAUGUUGACGAACUGGAGAGACUCUGCCAGAAGAGGGCGCUGGAGGCCUUUGGUCUGGAUUCAGAGAAAUGGGGUGUCAAUGUGCAGCCAUACUCAGGUUCGCCGGCCAACUUUGCCGUCUAUGCCGGCAUUGUGGAGCCCCACGGCAGGAUCAUGGGACUGGACCUUCCUGACGGAGGUCACCUGACACAUGGCUUUAUGACUGAAAAGAAGAAAAUCUCAGCGACGUCAAUCUUCUUUGAGUCCAUGCCUUAUAAGGUUAAUCCAGAAACUGGCUACAUUGACUAUGACAGACUGCAAGAAAACGCAAAGCUGUUCCACCCAAAACUCAUCAUUGCAGGAACGAGCUGCUAUUCCCGCAACAUUGACUACGCCCGCAUGAAGCAGAUCGCUAAUGAGAACGGUGCAUAUCUGAUGGGAGACAUGGCUCACAUCAGUGGAUUGGUGGCAGCUGGAGUUGUGCCCUCGCCCUUCGAGUACUGUGACAUUGUUACCACGACAACGCACAAGACGCUUCGGGGCUGCCGAUCUGGAGUUAUAUUCUACAGGAAAGGUGUGCGGAGCGUGGAUGCAAAGGGAAAGGAGACUCCGUACAACUUGGAGUCUUUGAUCAAUCAGUCAGUGUUUCCUGGGCUGCAGGGAGGGCCACACAACCACGCCAUCGCAGGUGUUGCUGUAGCUCUCAAACAGGCCAUGACACCAGAGUUCAAGGCCUACCAGUUGCAGGUUCUGGCAAACUGCAAAGCUCUGUCCAGUGCCCUCAUUGACCAUGGUUACAAGAUUGUCACUGGCGGCUCUGACAACCAUCUGAUCCUGCUGGACCUGCGUAACAAAGGAAGUGAUGGAGGACGAGCUGAGAAGGUUCUGGAGGCCUGUGCUAUUGCUUGUAAUAAGAACACCUGUCCAGGGGAUAAGAGUGCUUUGCGCCCCAGUGGUCUGAGAUUUGGCUCUCCAGCUCUGACCUCCAGAGGUUUGGUGGAACAAGAUUUCAAGAAAGUGGCAGAGUUCAUUCACAGAGCCAUCGAGCUGACCUUGGAGGUGCAGAGAAGCCUGGAUCCCAAAGCCCCUCUGAGGGAGUUCACUCAGGCUCUUUCCCAGGGAGAGAAGUUCCAGCAGCGGGUAGCUGAGAUCAAGGCAGAGGUGGAGACUUUCGCUGGUACUUUCGCCAUGCCUGGCCUGCCUGAGCUGUAGAGGGUGGCACUUCUUCUGACAUUGACGGCUGCUGGACUGAUAAUUGUUGCUGAUAUGAUUAUGACAAUUUUGGUGGUGUGUUUUGUGUGUAUAUUUGUUGUUACUGUACACCUGUGAAAUUGUCAAAGCUCAAAAUCUUGUUACUACACACAGAAGACAUGGAUAGUCUCAUUACAGCUUGGAGCUGACUUGUCUUUAAUGGAAAGAUGUGUGUGCUGGGCAGACAUCAUUGUCCUCUUAAUUGUGCAGUAUAAUCACAAUACUGUUUCGCAUUUCCUUUCCUCACUUGUUGCAUUAUAUGUUACAAUUACAUUGAAGUUUUCAUUUGACAGCUAUCGCCAUUACCUUUUGUUUUAAGUUUCCAAUUUUAACAGUUCUCACAGGCAUCACUGCAGAUUGAAGCACAAAGAAUGAGUAUUAGCUUCAUUUAUUAGUGUCCUGGAUUACAUACUGUAUACAGACACACAGCUUGAUAGAUAAUACAACUGCAACUGUUCAAUAAUAAUAAAUAAAUCACAGGCUUCUGUUUGAUAUCUUUCAA